AUGGCCGCGUUCAAGCAGCUGGUUCGCUUUUUUCAGAAUGGAAAGACAUAUUACGGCGACCUUGUCGACUCCAGCAAUGGCAAGUUCACCGUGCAGCGUCUGGACGGAAACCCUUUCGACAAGUUGAUUCCGACGAACGAGCAGUACACGGUAGACAGUUUACUCUCACCGAUUGAACGCACACCCCUCAUAAUCUGCAUUGGCCUGAACUACAAGCAGCACGCUGAAGAAGCCAAGCUCCCAGUGUCAUCCCACCCACCAGUCUUCACCAAACCCGCCGACGCACUCGCAGGUCCAUCCGAGGUCAUCCAAAUCCACCCAGACGCACAGUCCCACCUCGACUACGAAGGCGAGCUGACCGUGGUGAUUGGGAACGACGCCCUGAACGUCUCUGAGGAGGAUGCACUCGACUACGUCCUUGGCUACACAGCAGGCAACGAUGUCUCCGCACGCAACUUCCAACUACCAGGGGCGUCAGGGGGCCAGUUCUGCUACGCUAAAUCGUUCGAUCAGUUCGGGCCUAUCGGGCAUACUAUUGUUUCUGCGGCGCAAAUCAAGGACCCACAGGCACUGCAACUACGCACCCGGGUCAACGGCGUUGUCAAGCAGGAGACAAGCACUGGUGAUAUGAUUUGGGGCGUGCGGCAGAUUAUCAGCCACUUGUCGCGGGGAAUGACGCUGCGAAGGGCGACUGUCAUUAUGACUGGCACGCCGUCUGGGGUGGGCUUUUUCCGCAAGGAGUUUCUCAAGGAUGGUGAUAUUGUGGAGGUGGAAAUUGAAGGUGUAGCAACGGUUCGCAAUCAGGUGGAAUUUCAGUAG